AUGGUGUUGGGUGUUUGUGUUUUGGCUGGUCUUAGGUUACUCACGCUGCCUUUUGUUCGUGGCAAUUUGCUGCAGUUCUCUCUACAAUCUUCUGUAAUCAUGUCGUCCAUAAUUCUUUCUACACCAUCCAUGUUUAGAACUGCACCUCAAAGCUGCAUUCCACCUUCUGCUACAUCACUUCCAAAACUCCAAUCAUGUCUUCCAUCACUAAAGAGCAUCUCAAAAGCUUUUGGAUUGAAAUCCAGCCAAUUUUCAAGGACAACUGCCAUGGCUACAUACAAGGUGAAGCUCAUCGGACCAGAUGGUGAUGAAAACGAAUUUGAUGCACCUGAUGAUUGCUACAUCCUUGAUUCUGCUGAAAGUGCAGGGGUUGAGCUUCCAUAUUCGUGUAGAGCAGGUGCUUGUUCCACGUGUGCUGGAAAGAUAGUUGCAGGUUCUGUUGAUCAAUCCGAUGGAUCAUUUCUUGAUGAUAAUCAAAUGAAGGAAGAUCCGAUUUUUGAGGGAAAGAUGUUGGCAGUGUUAACACCGAUGGUUGGCAGUGACGAUGAUUGA